GAAGGGAGGCCGAGGCCAGAGGCCAGAGGGGUGGUCCUGAGACCAGGCGAAGUGUUCCAGUGGUGGAUGCUGGCAGGAGGCGGAUUGGAUCCCCGUGUUGACGUUUUCACCAUGAUCCCCUGCAGAGCAGCGCUGUCUUUUGCCCGAUGUCUGAUCAGGAGAAAAAUCGUCGUCAUGGACGGCCUAGAAGAUUCCAAAUUAAGCCGUUGCUUAUCCACCAUGGACCUCAUUGCCCUGGGGGUUGGAAGCACCCUCGGUGCUGGGGUUUACGUCCUGGCUGGGGAGGUGGCCAAGUCGGAUUCAGGCCCCAGUAUCGUCCUGUCCUUCCUCAUCGCCGCCCUGGCUUCGGUGAUGGCCGGCCUCUGCUACGCUGAAUUUGGGGCCCGAGUUCCCAAGACGGGGUCCGCCUAUCUGUACACGUACGUUACCGUUGGAGAGCUGUGGGCCUUCAUCACCGGCUGGAACCUCAUUUUAUCCUAUGUGAUAGGUACAUCAAGUGUUGCAAGAGCUUGGAGUGGCACCUUUGAUGAACUUCUGAACAAACAGAUUGGCCAGUUUUUCAGGACGUACUUCAAUAUCAAUUAUACCGGCCUUGCGGAGUAUCCGGACUUCUUUGCUGUCUUCCUCAUAUUGCUUCUAUCAGGUCUUCUAUCUUUCGGGGUAAAAGAGUCUGCUUGGGUGAACAAAAUCUUCACAGCUGUCAACAUCCUGGUCCUUCUCUUUGUUAUGAUUGCUGGGUUUGUGAAAGGAAACGUGGCCAACUGGAAGAUUAGUGAAGAAUUUCUCAAGAAUAUAUCAGCAACUGCCAGAGAGCCACCCUCUGAAAAUGGAACAAGUCUCUACGGGGCCGGUGGCUUCAUGCCGUACGGCAUUGCGGGAACGUUGGCCGGGGCUGCAACCUGCUUUUAUGCCUUUGUGGGAUUUGACUGCAUUGCAACAACUGGUGAAGAGGUCCGGAACCCUCAGAAAGCUAUUCCUAUCGGAAUUGUGACUUCUCUGCUUGUUUGCUUUAUGGCCUAUUUUGGGGUCUCUGCAGCUUUAACACUUAUGAUGCCUUACUACCUCCUCGAUGAAAAGAGCCCCCUUCCUGUAGCAUUUGAGUACGUCGGAUGGGGUCCCGCCAAAUACGUCGUGGCUGCGGGCUCCCUCUGUGCGCUGUCAGCAAGGUACAUUGCAUUGCUCCCGGGGCAGGGGCUGUUUGGGUUUCUGCAAAGUGUAGUCCAUGUUUAAGAAUUCCUUUUGUGUAUUUCUAAAAUAAUCCUGAUUUCAGGAACAUAUUAUGCAGCUAUGUAUUCUCUGAAUAGUUUGCCCAAACUGCUAUCUUUAUCUUAAGUGAUAAAGUCUUUUUCCCCCAUCAGUCAAGAGUCAGUUUCUCAAGAUAAUGCUGGUCCAACCUUCAGCGGAAAUACAAUACAGGAUUGAGAUAGGCAUCCACAUGCAUAUACAUAUGUGU